AUGGCUUGCCCAACGUGCGGAAAGGUUAUUACCGACACUCUGACUAUGAGCCGAAUUAAUAGUAGCUUUGAUGGCUCGCCCAAUGUAUCUUCUCUCGUCGUCCCUCCUGGUUCUCUUACUGCUGCAGCGUUCGAAAGCGGCAUGAGCGCUGUCGAAGAACUAAGGUUGCUCAAGGCUCAGGUCCAAGAUGACGCUCGCGUGUGCAAUGCCGUAGCCAGAGGUGACUUGUCCCAGAAAAUUACGGUUCCCGUGCAGGGUGUGGUCAUGGUUCAAUUGAAGGAUGUCAUAAAUACUAUGGUCGACAAAUUUGGACAGUUCGCCAAAGAGGUCACUCGUGUCAGUCGAGAAGUCGGCACAGGAGGUAAACUCGGUGGGCAGGCUCUCGUAUUGGAUGUCGAAGGUACUUGGCGGGAAUUGACUGGCGUCGUCAAUAAAUUAGCCGCCAAUUUGACCAGUGCAGUCCGAAGUAUCGCCAAGAUUGACGUCGAUGCCCGUGGCGAAAUCCUUGAUUUGAAGAAUACCAAGUCGGCUCUCAAGGCAAGUUGGGCGGUCAAGCGCACGUACCAGAUGUUCAAGGUGUUUGGUUCGAGUUGGUUCGCAAUCUUGACGGAUCAAGUGCGGUCUAUUGCCAAUGUCACAACGGCCGUUGCUAGGGGCGACUUGACACAGAAGAUUGAGAUCCAGGUCGAAGGCGAGAUGUCAACGUUGAAGGGCACUGUCAACUCCAUGGUGUGGUCAAUUGCAGAAGUGUCGAAGACUGUCGCUGGCGGUGACUUGACGAAGAAGAUUGAAGUCGACGUGCGUGGCGAAAUCAAGGACUUGAAGGAGACUGUCGAUGGCAUGACCGAGAGCUCGAGUCUCUUCGCCGAUGAAGUCACUCGUGUGGCAAGAGAGGUUGGCACGAAAGGACGAUUAGGAGGUCGGGCUUGUGUAACUAAUGUCGGUGACUUGACGGACAAUGCGAACGUUAUGGCUGCUAACACUGCUGUCGCCCGCGGAGACUUAACUCAACAAAUCACUGGUGUCUCUGUGUCCGGAGAGAUGCCAAGCCUAGUCAACACUAUCAACGACAUGAUUGCUCAAUUGGCAGUCUUGGCCAAGGAAGUCAAGAAGAUCGCAUUCGAAGUCGGUACAGAGGGUAAAUUGGGUGUCCAGGCUGAGGUGGGUAUCUGGCAAGAAAUUAUGAUGUCCGUCAACACUAUGGCCGGCAACUUGACCACGCAAGUGCGUGGAUUUGCCCAGAUCUCGACAGCUGCUAUGGACGGAGAUUUCACUCGUUUCAUCACUGUUGAGGCCAGCGGAGAGAUGGACUCUUUGAAAACACAGAUCAAUCAGAUGGUAUUCAAUUUACGUGACAGUGUCCAGAAAAAUACCGCUGCGAGGGAGGCAGCUGAGCUAGCGAACAGGGGUAAAUCUGAAUUCCUAGCGAACAUGUCACACGAUAUCAGGACACCCAUGAACGGAAUUAUUGGCAUGACAGAGCUUACUCUUGACUCUGAUUUGAAUCGAUUGCAACGAGAGAGUUUGCUCUUAGUGUACUCAUUGGCUCGCUCGCUGCUACUCAUCAUCGAUGAUAUUUUGGAUAUCUCGAAGACUGUCUCAUACUCCCUCCGUCAAACAUUUUUCAGCAUACUCAAGACCCUUGUCGUCCGCGCCUCUCAAAACAACCUCGAUCUCACAUAUGAUGUCGACUCGGACAUUCCUGAUCAACUUAUUGGCGACUCUCUACGACUUCGUCAAGUCAUCACGAACUUGGUUGGUAACGCCAUCGAGUUCACACCGUCCAAGGUCUCUCGCAAAGGCCACGUUGCACUUAGCACAAGGUUACUGGCGCUGGGUGACUCGAGUGUGACACUAGAGUUCUGUGUCACCGACACGGGGAUCGGUAUUGCCAAAGACAAACUGAAUCUCAUUUUCGAUACCUUCUGUCAGGCAAACGGUUCGACGACGAGAGAAUACGGGGGGACCGGUCUGGGUCGAGCUUAG